UCUUCAUGGCCAGAGAAAAUGGACGAGAGACUCGCUUCGGCUUGAGAGAGGCCAUCCCAUGGAUACUCAGUAAUUUUGAUUUUAAUGCAGAAACAAUGACUCAGUUCGGCCGGAAAAUCAUGAAGUCAAGGAUUCGCCGAACGAUUCAACACCGUAUCUCCGUCGUGCGCCCGUGCGUUCUCCGCAUUCUUCACCGCUUCCCCUCGUGUUAUGGAAGAAAUAGAUACCGCAUGCUGUCGCUGCCGUCGUUGGCCGAGCAGCCGUCUUCGCCGACCUCUGCCGCUGGAGAUACUGGUGAAUUGGGGGAGGCGACGUCCCCUCUGUUCCAUAGCCCUGAAUUGGAGUCUGACUUGGUGGCUUUGAAGAUCAGCCUCCUUGGUGACUGCCAAAUUGGAAAGACCAGCUUUUUGGUAAAGUAUGUGGGGAAUGAAAAUGAGGAGAAAUGGGAACACAGGGAAGGAUUAAACCAGAUGGACAAAACUUUAGUAGUAGGAGGAGCCCGCAUAUCAUAUUGUAUCUGGGAAGUAGCAGGUGAUGGAAAGUCAGAAGACCAGAUUCCACUGGCAUGCAAGGACUCUGUUGCAAUUCUGAUUAUGUUUGAUCUAACGAGUCGGUGCACCUUAAACAGUGUCUUGGGGUGGUACAGGGAAUCCCGAAAAUGGAAUCAGAGCGCAAUUCCAGUGUUGGUUGGAACCAAAUUUGAUGAUUUCAUUCAGCUACCUAUUGAUUUGCAGUGGGCCAUCGCCAGUCAGGCAAGAGCAUAUGCAAAGGCCCUCAAUGCGACGUUGUUCUUCUCAAGCGCUACCUACAACAUCAAUGUGAAUAAGAUCUUCAAGUUCAUCACAGCCAAGCUGUUCGACCUGCCAUGGACAGUGGAACGGAACUUGACUGUUGGAGAGCCCAUCAUCGACUUCUAAUCAUGUACAAACUUUUGAACAUUAACAAUCGAUGUUGGAGUAAUCUUGUCCAAAACUCAACCGGGCCCCAUUGAAAUCAAGUCUUAAAGGGGCAAUCAGAGUUGUUAGGCUUGCACGACGAUACCCAGACAACGAAGGUUCUUGUCUCGAAGGAAGGGAAGCAUGUUCGAAGUGCCGAGACUAGGGCCAUCCUUCACUGCGGAGAGCAAUGCGCCAUGCAGAGCUCGAUUGAUUUGCAAAUACCUGUACUUAAGGACCCUGUUUCAUGUUCUGGCAUCCAUAUGAAAUUAUUCCCUUGUCCAUUUCACUUUU